UUCGUCACUUCCGGACACAUCCAUUCGCCUCCUACCUCGCCUUCCUUGCCGCCGCCGCCUCUUUCCUUCGAUUCGCGGCAAUUAUGGGGAAGAAGCACAAAAAGCACAAGGCGGAGAAGGCGGAGUGGAGGUCCACGCCCGCCCCAGCCGUCGUCGCCGCCACCGGCGGGGGAGGAAGCGGAGGCGCCUCCUAUGACGAUUAUGUGGAUAAGCCCUUAGAGAAGCCAUUGAAGUUGGUGUUGAAAGUUGGUGGAAGUGAAGUGACAGAACUUUCAGGAUCAGGCCACGAUUCCAGUUAUUAUGAUGAUAGAUCAGACCAUGAGAGAGAGCGACAUAAGGAGAAGAAAAAGAAGAAGAAGAAGAAAUCGGACAAAGAGAAAGAAAAGCAUCUUGAUGAUGAGGAGAGACGGAAGAGAAAGGAAGAGAAGAAAAGAAAAAGGGAGAAAGAACAAUGUGAUACUGAGGGUGAAACAGAUGACUUUGAUCCCGGAAAGAAAGUAGAGGUUGAGCCACCCUCUGAUCGUCCAGUCCGAGCCUGUAGAACACAGCCAGCAGAAAGCGAGAGCACACCUAUUCAGCAAUUGUUGGAACAUUUUCUUCGCCAGUUACAGAGGAAAGAUCCUCAUGGGUUUUUUGCUUUUCCAGUCACGGAUGCCAUUGCCCCUGGAUAUUCCAUGAUAAUAAAGCAUCCUAUGGAUUUUGGCACUAUGAAAGACAAAAUUGCAGCAAAUGAGUACAAGUCAGUAACAGAAUUCAAGGCAGAUUUUAAGCUGAUGUGUGACAACGCAAUGACAUACAACAGACCAGACACCGUGUACUACAAACUGGCCAAAAAGAUCCUCCAUACAGGCUUUAAGAUGAUGAGCAAACAGGCAGCUAUUUUGGGCGACGAAGACCCAGCUGUUGAGGAGCCUGUGCCCGAAGUUGUUCCUGUUCACGUAGAGACCACCAAGAAAUCCAAAAAGCCAAGUAAAGAAGUUAUUAGCUGCAUAUUUGAACCGGAAGGCAAUGCAUGCAGCCUGACUGACAGCACUGCGGAAGAGCACGUUCUGGCUUUGGUGGAACAUGCGGCAGAUGAAGCUCGGGACCGGAUCAGUCGAUGUCUCCCAAACAGCAAGAUAGGCUACCUGAAAAAGAAUGGUGAUGGGUCUUUGGUCUUCAGCGUACUCAAUCCAUCAGAUCCAGAAGCAGAAGAGGAGGAAACCCAUCCGGUGGAUCUGAGUUCUUUGUCAAGCAAGUUAUUACCUGGUUUCACAGCCCUGGGCUUCAAAGAUGAAAGAAGGCACAAAGUUACAUUCCUUUCAAGUGCUAAUACAGCACUUUCGAUGCAACACCAUUCUCUCUUUCAUGAUCUGAAAGCAGAUGAAAUGGAACUGCUGUAUUCAGCAUAUGGAGAUGAAACUGGGAUCCAGUGUGCCUUAAGUUUGCAGGAAUUUGUGAAGGAUUCUGGAAUUUACAGCAAAAAAAUAGUGGAUGACUUGCUGGAUCAAAUCACUGGUGGAGAUCAUUCCAAAAUGAUUUACCAGCUAAAGCAGAGGAGAAACAUUCCAGUGAAACCACCAGAUGAAGUCAAAGUUCCCCCAGUCCUCAUAAAAGAAGAACACAAAUUGCGCAAUACUUGCCCAGAUGCCUCCAAGCAGAGUAUGGUUGGAGAAGCCAUCGGGGACAAUACUAGUUCUGUUUUGGAUUUUUUGUCUAUGAAGCCCUAUUCAGACGUGUCCCUUGAUAUAUCCAUGUUGAGUUCAUUGGGUAAAGUGAAGAAGGAGCUCGAUCACGAGGACAAUCAUUUACACUUGGAUGAAACCACCAAAUUACUGCAGGACCUUCACGAGGCUCAGGCUGACAGAGUAGGAUCCAGACCCUCCUCCAACCUCAGCUCCCUCUCUAAUGCUUCUGAAAGGGAUCAACACCACCUAGGAAGCCCUUCUCACUUAAGUGUAGGAGAACAACAAGAUAUGGUCCAUGACCCCUAUGAAUUUCUUCAGUCUCCAGAACCUACAAAUGCCAAUAAUUAAUCUUGCCUAUAUUAUAUUUAUUUUGUGCUUUUUAUACUGUGUAAACAAUUUAUGUAGUUUCGUCGAAUAGCAUGCAUUUCUAUUUCCCCUUUUUAUUUUGUAUGAAGAUUGGUAAAUAAUAAUGCUCGUGCAUAUUUGUAAAUAUUACUUGGGUUUAUAUAUCAUGGUAUUUGGACCAUCUCAUAUGGUAUUUUAGGUGUGUACAAUAGAUCUGAAGAAGCAAUCUCAAAUUACGUAUUUAAGUUACCUUAUUUAUAUAUAUAAAAAUGCUAACCAGCUGAUUAUCAUGCUGUCAAUCAUUAAAAAGUUUUUUUAUUUAGUGUGCAGCUAUGGCCGUAUAGGAGGAGCAUGUUUUCCAGCGGUGAUACAGCGUUAAUCACAGAGGCCUAUUAAUACCAAGGUGGCUCUGCUCUAUGAGGUGACUUUAGAUAUCACCCAGACAUUUCAGAACCGUGGUUGUCUUUGUAAUUUCUCCUUCUCUUCCUCCAGUUGCCCACUGAAAAGAUGGCCAGAUUAAAAGUUAUUAACAGUCCAGAUCCUCAAUAGUAAUAUUGAAGAUUUACAGCUUAAAAAGUUCAGCCCUUGCCAAAUUAUCCAGAUUUUUAACAUGUUUUAAAUUUUAAAUGAAGAAUUUGAAAUUUGACACUAAAUGGCUUUUUUAAAAACAAUUUAUAUUAUGGAUAAACUAGAAUAAUUUUGUUGUUCAUUAACAAUAUUGUAAAUAUGAAUAAAACUCGUCAAUGCAAUUGUGCUUUGGUGUUCUUGGCACUUAUUUCUCCAGUUCUUCAUUAACUUGAAAUUUGGUGUACCAGAAACAGACCUGCCUAAAGCUCUCUUUACAUUUUACACCUGGAAAAUAUAGUGCGGUGAAAGUGAUCAACUAGAGUUGUGAACUAGGGGGGGGGGGAGAAAGUCUCUCCGCUGCAGCAGUUCUGUCCAGUAUACCAACAGCAGCAGCAAAACUUUGGGAUGGGGCUAAAUAUACAGCCCUGCAGUCUCUUUCAAUGCUUGUCCUCUACACAUGAGUAAUGAGUGAAGAGAACUAAAGAUUAAAAAUUGCUUUAAAACUUUGACCAUGUGAAGUCCUGCAGCAGAUCUGUUUUAUUCUUGUGGUGAUCCCAAUUUUCUAGGCUAAUGCUGUGUCACAAAAUGUUCCCAAACAAUUACAGUGGUACCUCUACUUACGUAUUCAGUGCGUUCCGAACACACAUUUUUAAGUCGAAAAAAUUUGUAAGUCGAAUCCCAUAGGAAUGCAUUGGGAGAAAAAAUUCGUAAGUAGAAGCAACCCUAUCUAAAAAUUCGUAAAUAGAAAAAAUCCUAUCUAAACUGCAUCCAAGAUGGCGGACGGAGCUCCAUUCGUAAGUAGAAACAUUCGUAAGUAGAGGUACCACUGUACCAAGUUCAGGGG